AUGGCUGUCGAUCCCUUUGACUCCGCUCUCGACCUUCUCCGCCGUCUCAACCCCAAGCAGACGACAGACCACCUCAACGCCAUUAUCUCCAUCGCUCCGGACCUGACCGAAGAUCUUCUAUCGUCCGUCGAUCAGCCCCUGACCGUGCGCCGUUGCAAGCAGACCGGCCGAGAUUAUCUGCUCUGCGACUACAACCGUGAUGGAGACAGCUACCGCUCACCGUGGUCAAACCAGUUCGACCCUCCUCUGGAUGAGGCUGGCUCAGGUGGUGUAGGUGCUGGUGGUAACGAAGGCGCUGGUGAGGGUGCGAUUCCGAGCGAGCGUGUUCGCAAGAUGGAGGUCAAGGCGAACGAGGCCUUCGAUGUCUAUCGCGAUUUAUACUACGAAGGUGGCGUGAGCAGUGUUUACUUCUGGAACCUUGACGAUGGAUUCGCAGGAGUCGUGCUUCUCAAGAAGUCUUCCCCCCAAGGCGGCAAUUCCGAAGGUGUAUGGGACUCUAUCCAUGUCUUCGAGGCAAUUGAGCGAGGAAGAAGCACACACUAUAAGCUCACAUCGACAGUGAUCCUGACGCUGUCUACUGCUGGUGGCAACCUAGGCCAGAUGGACCUUAGUGGCAACAUGACACGCCAGGUUGAACAGGAUCUCCCUGUUGAUAACGAUGAUAGCCACAUUGCCAACGUGGGACGAUUGGUUGAGGAUAUGGAACUCAAGAUGCGCAAUCUCCUGCAAGAGGUUUACUUUGGCAAAGCCAAGGACGUGGUGGGCGAUCUGAGGAGCAUUGGAAGCUUGAGUGAGGGGGCACGGGAUCGCGAGGCCCAGCGCGAACUCAUCGGAAGCAUGAGAAGAUGA